AUGAUGACCAUGAAAGUAGAAGAGCUGGUGACUGGGAAGAAAGCAGAUGAUAAAGAGACUGGCAGCUUCCUCCCUGAGGACUUCAAAAAUGGAGAGUAUGAAGCUGCUGUAAGAUUAGAGAAGCAGGAGGACCUAAAGACAAUCCCUGAACACUCACUGACCCGAGGUGAUCUGGCUUAUGAGAAAGAGAAAAAACGAGAAUCUGAGCUGAAGAAGAAGAAAUUAGAGGAGAGGUCAAAACUUGAAAACUUGGAGGAUCUUGAAAAAAUUAUUCAGCUGAAGAAGAAGAAAAAAUACAAGAAAGUGAAAGCACCUAUUUUAAAGGAACCUGAACCAGAAGUUGUUACAGGACCAGUGGAUAUACCCACAUUCUUCAAAGCUGCACUGGAGAAUAAGUUGCCAGUAAUUGAAAAAUACCUGUCAGACAAAGGAGAUCCAAAUGUCUUUGAUGAGUACAAACGGACUGCAUUGCACAGGGCAUGCUCUGAAGGACAUCUAGAGGUAGUGAAGAAGUUGGUGGAAGCUGGAGCCAAGCUUGAACAGAAAGACAUGCUUCAAUCUACAGCCCUACACUGGGCUUGCCGGGGUGGGAACCUGGAUAUUGUGAAGUUCUUACUGGACAAAGGGAUAAACAGAAAUGCCAGAGACAAGCUGCUUAGCACCCCUCUGCACGUGGCUGUGAGAACAGGUCAGUAUGACUGUGGGGAGCACCUCAUCGCCUGUGAAGCAGAUCUCAAUGCCAGAGACAGAGAAGGAGACACACCGAUGCAUGAUGCUGUGAGGCUGAACCGCUACAAAAUGAUCAGGCUUCUGAUUCUGUAUGGAGCAGAUCUAACUAUAAAGAACUGUCAAGGGAAAACUCCCAUGGAUCUUGUUCUUCAGUGGCAGAACGGCACCAAAGAGAUAUUCAACAGCCUGAAAGCUAAUUCCUGUAAGAAUGUCCAUCUAGGCAAGCUUUGAAGAGACAAAUCUUUUUGCUACUUUUAAAUGCUUCAUAUGAUCCUGGAGGAGAAUAGCUGUGAAUACAGUAUUUUUAUUGAAAAUAUUUAUGGUACUGAAUUGUUUGAGGUACCUUCACUGAGCACUGAAAAACACGUAAAGAAUUUUAAAAGCUGAGUGUUAAAACUCCACUGGUUCUGUAAUACCUUUAUUUAUUACUAUUUAUUAUUUAUUUCAAAAGUUAUUUUUAAUGAUUCUGAGUAUUACUGUGGCUUUUUUUGAGCUUUACAUCCCAAUGCAAUCUUCGACAGCAACAUAAAUCUUUUGUCUUAGAGAGCAGUGUUUCCAACUAUAUUAGCAAAUUCCCUCAAGCCUUCCAAUAGCUCUAAAUAGUGAAUAGUUGCAACUGUUGCCUUUUCUCUGCCAAAUUCUCACUACUAAAAUGUUAAAUGAAUGUUGAUACGUGGAAUGGAAGAAGGUGUACUGAGGUGUCAAGCAGAUUCAAAGCAGCAGUUGAGUAAUUGGGUUUACAUUGGGUUUGUCAAUUGUGGUUGAUGAAGAGCUCAAGGACCAAGCUCCAACCAUCAUGUAACCACCCACUGCAGGAUUCAGAUGUAAUGUUAUUAAAGCGAGAGGAGAGAGUAUCAGGAAUGUGAACUUUUUUUUUAAGCUAGACUACUGUGAAGUCUGAUUGAAGAAUGGAAAACCAGAUUAUGUAUAUUUGUACAUUUGUACUGCUUUUUCUGUACAUUUUGUACUGAUCUAUUUCAGACUAAAUAAAC